CUGAUGUGUCUGCGAUCGGGUGGCAGCACCAAGGGAAACUGAUUGCUCAGCUCCGCCAAACGAAACAAUAACAGAAAGUUGUAAUCCGCUAUUCAGAGUCCAGAAACGUAGCUCCGUUAGCGCCAUGUCCACUUUGAACCGUCCCAAGUCUCCGCAUACGCCCACCGCCAUCAAAAAGGGCGAGAAGGAGGACAGUUUCUGGGACAAGUUCAGCACCCUGGGUCGCAAACGCGGCACCCGCGAAGUGAAGAAGGUGCAGGAGGAAGGCAAGUACGCCAUCGACUCUCCCGGCUCGCCCAGCCAGUAUGAUAUCCCGCCCGAGGACUACGCCCUGCGCGAGCACGAACAGCGCGCCGUCAUCGAUCCACAGUCCAUCAAUGAUCCCGAGGUGGUCAAGCUGCAGCGAAUCCUCGUCGACUGGAUCAACGACGAGCUGGCCGAGCAACGGAUCAUCGUCCAGCAUCUGGAGGAGGACAUGUAUGACGGCCAGGUGCUGCACAAACUCUGGGAGAAGCUCACGGGCAAGAAGCUGGAUGUGCCGGAAGUCACACAGUCGGAGCAGGGUCAGCAUGAGAAGCUCAACAUAGUCCUAAGGGCCGUUAACCAUACACUCGGCUUUCACCAGAAGAUCCCAAAGUGGUCGGUGGCCAGCGUGCACUCGAAAAACAUUGUGGCCAUUCUCCACCUGCUGGUGGCUCUGGUACGACACUUCCGGGCGCCCGUUCGCCUACCGGAGAACGUGUUCGUGACGGUUGUGAUCGCGGAAAAGAACGCGGGAGUGCUGAAUGCGCAGAAGUUCCAAGAGCAGAUAACUUCUGAAUACGACGACUUGGGCAUGCGCUGCGAAAAGGACGCCUUCGACACUCUGAUCGACUGUGCGCCCGACAAGCUUGCCGUGGUGAAGAAGUCCCUGAUCACGUUCGUGAAUAAGCACCUCGCCAAGCUGAACUUCGAGAUCAGCGACCUAAACACGGACUUCCGCGACGGCGUUUAUCUUUGCCUGCUAAUGGGCUUGCUUGGGGGCUUCUUUGUCCCGCUGCACGAGUUCCAUUUGACGCCGCAGGACGUCGAUCAGAUGGUGAGCAACGUGGCCUUCGCCUUUGACCUGAUGCAAGACGUGGGCUUGCCCAAGCCAAAGGCGCGGCCCGAGGACAUCGUCAACAUGGACCUCAAGUCCACCCUGCGUGUCCUUUACAGCCUGUUCACCAUGUUUAGGGAUUACGCCUGAGUGGAAGCCGGAGGAAGCGAACCGCAAAGCCAGAGGGGCAACAAUCGGCGCCAAUUUUAUAUUUUAUAUUAACCUUUUGUAAUGUUUACACGAUUAAUUUAUAUGCGUUCCAAAGUUGGUUGUAAACGGUGCAGCAGCUGAAGCAUUCGAGCGUUCUAAUGCUCCUGCAUAUAAAUAAAAAAAAUCUGCUGCUACAUCGUUUGUAAUCAGCUUUAAGGACUCUUUUUUUAUAUAUAUAUAUAUAUAUAUAUGUGUCGUACGUCUAACCACUGCGAGCUGCUCGAAUCCAGGAUGUCUGAAGCAGGGCAGAGAAGAGCUAACCCAAACCCAAACCCGGCGGCCAGUUGUUAACUUGUCUUACUCACGUGCCAGCUGUAGUUGUUGUUACUAAGUGAAUUUACUGUAUUAAUACAAAUAACCGAGAUUGUGCCUUUAUAUCACACUGAGCUUUUGCGAAUUAUGUCACAGAUCAGAUAUAAAACCUGUAAAUGUAGAAGUGUACGGAAAAGUCUUCAAAAAUUGUAUUGUGUACGUUAAAAAUUUGGAUUAGAAAAAUCAAUAAAUAUUGCCAAUAGCA